UGCCUGCGUGGAGCCUCCACGUUGCGACUCGGCCUACCUUCUUCUUUACGCCUUCACGACCUGGUGUGACUGUGAGCAGCCGUCUCCGGAUUCUUCCUCCUGAGGAUCUAGCAGCAGAAAGCAGCUCUACUUCCCUGCAAAGGAGCCGGGCCUCGUCGCCAUGAAGUACAUGCUAAACCUCUAUGUGCUGGGGGUCAUGUUGACCAUGCUUUCCAUCUUUGUUAGACUGAUGGAGUCACUGGGAGGCUUAUUGGAGACCCCAUUGCCCGGGAACUCCUGGAUCACGAGAGGUCAACUAGCCAACACACAGCCUCCCAAGGGCCUUCCAGACCAUCCAUCCCGAGGAGUACAAUAAACCUUCCUCCAGGCAUCACAUACGUUGACACACUAACUUCAGCACGUCCAACUGCAUGGUCUAUUUCCCAAGAGGCAGCAUGAAGUGUCUCCAAAGAACUGUUACUAGGCCUGGCAGGGCACUUUUUUUUUUUUUUUUUUUUUUUUUUUUUUUUUUUUGAUGUUUCCUUACCCUGGAAAAGAGCCUAUUUACUGUAGAGGUGUGAGUGGGUUGUCUGUGGCUCUGGAAUGGAGGUGUACUAGUUUCAGCUGUUGGGAGAAUGUUUUUUUGGUUUUGUUUGUUUCAGCCCUCUGUCCUAAGGACUCUUGUGGACCUAAGUAUCUUCUGUUGGUUUACUAUUGAGUCUCUUCCAUGAGAGUUGUUUGGACAGCAUCUAAGGUGGUGUGUGUUAGCGAUGAAGACAGAGGGUGGACUAUCCAGUGUCCAGGUCAAGUUGUACAUUGAGUUCUUUCUCCAGUGUAAUGCACUUGUGUUUGUAUAUAAUGUCUAAAGGGCUAUGGGAUGAUCAGGCCUGCUCAGGGUAUGGGCGUUCCAGCCACUGUGUGGCUUACAUGAAUUUUUCUAAUGCAAUAAAUGUGAAUACAUAUAUAUA